AUGGAUACCAAUGUUGCUCUGUCGUUGGAAACAGUACUUCUCCAAGGUGUGCUGGAGUUUGAAUCGGGUUCUGAACAAGAUAUUCGUGCCUAUUACUGGCAAUUCAAACAAAUGCUAAUUGAUGGAGGUACACUCAUAGCUGGUGUAACCAUGUCUGACCCACUCAAAUACGCAACGCUAAUUUUGGACCUCAAUGUGCAACCGGACAGUCCUGUGCGAUUCCGUGACUUGCCCGAAAUGGAGAUUGGCUCGAGUGUUCUCGCUAUUUUCGGUAAAGUCUAUUUGAAUGCGUUGCACCGCAAUCGCUCGUGGGCCCGUUUGUCCGACAGCACUGUACUCGGAUCAAACGAAAUACACCUCACAGACUCCGCUCAAGAUUGGCAACCAGGCGACAUGAUUGCAAUAGCAACUACAAGCAAACAGUACUCAGAAACAGAAUAUGCUACGAUUGAGAAGAUCUCAUUGGAUGGACGAUUGAUCACAAUCAGGGAGAAAUUACAAUAUCAUCACGUGGCUUAUAAUGAAGUAUAUGGCACUGAACGCUUCAUUACCGGCGCCGAGGUUGCUGUAUUCUAUUCCAAUAUCAUCAUUCGUUCUGCAAUUUCAUCGAAUUUCGGUGGACGUGUCCUAUUCUCCAGACGUCCGGAUGAUAUACGCCAGGCAUUCACUCAUCAACUAUCUGGUAUUUUGUUUGACAACUUGGGAGGUGUGAACGGUCAUCCCGCUGUGGAAUUCAACGCUAUCCAAUCCAGCUGGAAUCAGACUCAUUUGGUCGGUUGUAUGUUUCGUCAGAGCAGAAACUCGGCUUUGGUUGUUCGUGACACCGACAAUGUGUUGUUCACAAACAAUGUGAUUUACGGCACCCGAGGAACAGCCAUGAAACGAUUGGAAUUCUUGGGCCAGGCAACAUGGGCUGUGAAUUAUUGUGGUGCACCGGAAGCCAUUGGGUUUAUUCUGAGUAAACAAUUCCAGCAUACGGUGAUCAAUAAUUUGAUACUGUCAACCAACUGUACACCACACGGUAAUGUGACUGAACUAAAGGAUGAAGCUUCCGUGGUUGACAUUACUGGGGCCACUGAUAUACGUUGGCAGCGCAAUACAGUGGCUGGAGCAACUUGCAUCGGUCUAAAGACACGAGGAUCUGCAUGUGCGGAUUAUCUUUCAGAAAUGGAACGAGACACGGUGAUUCAUUCGUGUGCAGUCGGUGUGCUUGGUAUUGAACCAAGGCGCCUGUGCGCCCAAAUACAUCAUAUGAAAAUCUACUCAUCCAGUCAAGUGGCCGUUUUCUGGACCCGAACCUCUGCGAUCCAGGCACAUCAUAUCCAGCUGGUGGACAAUUCCAUUGGGUUCUACCCGGUAAUCGAACAGGUGAAACGAGCGGCCAGCUUCCAGCGUGCAAAUGCUUUGAAUAUUCGAAGUUGUCUGGUGGUUGGUCGUAGUGGACUACAAGCCUGCGAUGGAGACCGCUCAAACAUCAUGACCAUCCGUACUCUGUCCACACUAUCAUUGGAUGUACCUGGUCAUAUUGGAGUCGUGGUCAGUCAAUUCUUGUAUCCAGUGCCACUCACUGUAAAAAACCACAUUUGGCAACUGAAUGAAGCAAAUUGGGAAAAUAUUACAUUCGUGAAUUUUGGCUCGUGGUGCGCCAAAGAGAAAGACAUUCUCCUCUCAUCCGACAUGACCUAUCGGAACAGCCUUCAAACGGCCGUGUUCAAAACGACCACGGUCAUGAAUGUGCCCAGACAAAACAUUGUGCGCUACCGUCAUCAAUCAAGCGCCAAAGAUAUCUUUAUUUGCGGAGACAUGGAAUGUGACAGUCCAAAGAAAGUACUUGUCACUGAUGUGGAUGGCGGUCUGUUCGGAAAGCCAGCUGUGGCUUUGCCAAAAGCGAUCAAUACAAAUAUGAUGUACAAUUUUGUGAAGCACAAUAUCCCACUUCGAAGAAGAUUGACCCGUCAGGGAACAAACGUGGAUUUCAUGAAGUCAUGGCCCUUUUUCGGUAUUGUUCGAGACGAGGCUUGCGUUUUGGGUGCCGCAAAACAGGCGUACAUAUGUCCCAUGGAAGUGUCACAUCGCAUGUUACUUAUCCAACCAAUAAAUGGGAAAAAUCCGGACUUGAAACGCGUGGGAGCUGCGGUUCUGACCACCGAGCUACGUAAGGUUGGGUUUAUUGACCUGGUCAGUGGUCGACUCGGUUGUGUGGACGCGGAAUGCAAACAAGGCCAGGAAGUGUUUCCCCUAAUUGUGACCAACCGUUCCACGUUUUCCGUGUAUUUCACUCGGGACAAUCCGGACGCGUUACACCUACGCCUGGCGGACGCCAAAGAUGACUAUCGGGUUCAUUUGCGACUGGAUUAUCGUCAAGCAGCGAGAUUGGACGUGUUUGUGAACUCGGAAUAUGUGCUACCACAAAACGGGGUGCUGAACGAUCAGGGCCAAGUGGUGUUAGAUGCAGACAUGCCACAUGGUCAGGCGUUGCCGGAUGUGAAUAAACAUCCAAUUGGGACCAAUUACUACGACCCCGACGAACAGCUACUGUACUUGGUAGUCGGAGGAUCGCGCACAGUCGAGGUGCAUUCAACGUCCUAUUUGAAACUCAGCCUGACAGUGGAUGGUGAAGUUCUUCUAGACGCGUUCUAUUUGGGCUAUUUGAGAACAAAAUUAGCCAAAUAUUUGGGGUUGCUUCAAUCUCAAGUGGUUGUGACUCGUCCGGCGGCAGAGGCACUCUAUAGUGAACGUUCAAGACGUGUCGCGCGUUCAGCAAACCCGAGUACAGUUCAGUUAGACGUGAUUAUUGCACAACCACCCCAGAUCAACGAAACUGACAACCGGACAGCACUGGAUUUAUCCCGAAUUGAGGCCACAUUGAAUAGUACUUUAGAAAGUGGAAAACUUGAUCAAGUUCUGAACGUGUCGAUCGCGACUGCUCAACUGAAAGCAAUUUUAACGGAAAAAGAUCGAGCUCUCAGGAGGCCCAGAGCAACCCCAUCCUACUACUUGGACGAUAAAUGGGAACUCAUAGUGCAACCGCCAAGCAACAUCUUCGCAAACAUUCCAUUCGUCUUGAUCCACGGAAUUCGGUCCAAGACGAACUCGUGGAUAUCCGUUGACAAUUGGAGCUCGAGCAUCACAACGCACGAAAGCGAAUAUGCGUUCGAAAGACCGUCGGAUCGGAAUCUAAAGCAUAUUUGUAAAAUGAAUGCAUACAAGAUCAGUACACCGCGUGAAUGGCAUGUAAACAUCACGGCAACCUCGAGGCUGUUCGGUUUUAAUUUAACCGUGGCCAAAAUAUUCAAUGUACUUCCAACAAGCAUGUUUACAGAAGAUGAAGCCAAGUUGUUCAAACUGAACGGCUGUUCCAAGGUCCCCACAGAGCCUGCGACCACAGUAGUAUCGACAGAAGCGUUCAGCAGUUGUGCUCGGCGUACGCGUGAGGGUCGAUUCAGAUUGGAUUGUUCGGGUCAAGUUGCUGAUAGUGCCACGCUUGGUGAAAACAGUCGCUUACUGCUACCCCAGCCUUAA